GGAUGUUUUACCGGUGAAGAUGGUGAAACCUGAAAAAAAUUAUAUUUCGAGAGCAAAAAUGUGCCAUAAUUAAUUAAAUUAUCAUCCUCGCGUGCCAAAAAAAACCAAUUACAUUUAAACUGAAAAAGAGGUUUUUAACAACAUAACCUGAAGGAGAUUUCAGCAGUUUAACUUUUAUAGGUUAAGUGAAUGAUGCACUUGUGAAAAUUGAAAAAAUGGUUCGAAAUGUAUCAAGAAACAGCUCAAAAACGUUAUUUUACGUCGGCUGUGCAUGCGUUGGAGCAUAUGUUGCUUAUCGUUAUUGGAAAAAGAGGCAAUUAAAAACUAUCGAUGAAGGAUUUGAGGAAGUGUCGAAGAUCGAUGACACCAACGAGAGAAGAGUUCUUCUUCUGGGGCUAGAAGGAGCAGGGAAAACUUCCCUGAUGAAUCAGGCAAUAGCAUCCAAUGUAGAAGGGAAUUCCUAUGUUGUACCUCCUGCGCCAACUCAUGGUUUUGCAGUUUACAGAUUGGUAAAUGGACCCUACACCUUCAGCGUUUGGGAAAUUGGUGGAGCAGACGACACCAGGCAGUACUGGAGUAAUUUUCUCCAGGACACAGAUCUUUUGCUGUUUAUGGUUGAUGCAACUUCAGACUCGCAUAAACUCUCUCUUGCCGUUUCUACCCUUAAGCAAUUAUUAGGAGAUCCAAGAAUGGACAAUGUCCCAAUUCUAGUAAUCGCUAAUAAACAGGAUGCUCCUAACGCCCUCAGGCCCGAGGAAGUUAAAGAAGCUUUAGAUCUUCUCAGCAUUUCUCCACACAAGCAUAAAGUUGAGGUAAUUGCUUGUCAGACUCGACCCUUGCCUCAUUUUCCACCAGGUACAAAAGAAUAUACCUGGCAUCAUCCUUCGGUCGCCAUUGUCGAGAAAAAAAUCUUCGCCAUGGCAACCUCUUAAGUAUUUCUAAACCAAUUUCCUAUAAUCGCAUGCAUAUAUUUAAUGAAAAAAAAAAAAGAAAGAAAACGAAAAAAAAAAACUAGGUUCUACAAUCUGUGCGAAUAGCACUUUAUUUUUUUAUUAGCUAUACAACAAUUUUCAUAAGUGUGUGUUAAAAUGUAGAGGUAAUCAGGGAAAUUUGUUCAACGAUUUAUAAGUGGAAUUCUAGAUGUGUAUCGUUCGCAAUGCACGAACUCAAAAUUGCGUCUGUUAGUUUUAAUAGCAUUAGAAAAAUGUGUCGCAAAAAUCAAAAUGUGCAACAAAAAAAAACCUAUGAAAAUGUUAAACAAAUUAUGAGCUUAAGUACGCCAAAUUGUUUUUGUGAAGUAAAUUUUCCAUAUUUGAUUUUUUCCAUAUUUAUUUCAAUAUUUAUUCGUUUUUUUUUCAUAUUUAAUUUAUUUAUUUUAUUUUGAAAUAAUUUUUUGCAGACAUAUCAUGAAAAUUUGGGAAAUAGUUAUAAUGCCGAAAGUUGAGGGCAUAAAAAUGAAAAUUUAAGACAGAACUUACUUCACAGAUUCAUUUCCGUUCUGUGAUAAUAUCUUUGUUAUCUUUUCAGACACUAUUUUAUCAACUUUGCUCUACUAAUGUCAAUGCUAACUUAACAAUAAUAAUAAUCAAUUUGUUUCCCUUCA